AUGUCAUUACCCACAAAUGAGGAUAUAGAGCUCCAUUUGACACUCUUAAGAGCCAUCAAAAGGUUGAAAGAAUCAGUGGUUUUAAAUCCCCAAUAUCAAGAAUCCUUUCGUGAGAAAUUAUGGGAACUAUACGUCACUAAUGCUGUAAGGAACUAUAUCAUGUUUGUGAGUAGUUUGAAGAUAAUUCAUGAUCAAGGGGAAGAUAUUGUUAAGUUCAUAGAUGAAUUGGACAUUCCUUUGAAUAUAUUAAUGGUGUGGCAUUCGUUCAUGUUAAAUCCGAAGUCAUUUUAUGACAAUUUCAAAUAUAAUGAUUUUGAAACCUUUUGCAAGAUUCCAUUUCCUUUACCAAAAGUCAAUUCUAUCACCAAUGACGUUAAUGAAACUUUCAAACAAUUCAUGACCAAAUAUUUUAAUGACUUUGACACAAAACCAAUCGAUUCAUUCGAGACUUUAACGUAUCCGGUUUCUUGCCCCAAUUGUAAGCUUCUGUAUGGAGAAAUAAAUUUGUUCACGAGAUUCAAUGGUGGAUUUGCCGAUCAAUUCUUCGAAACUAUAGGAUCCUGUAAGUGUUCCUCCCGGUUGAACCAUCAAGUGUUAAGAACUUUCAAAUUAAUAAGUGACUGCAAAAAGCCUACACCUUUACCGGGGUCUUACAAAUACUUUCGUUCAAAUAUCACCAAAAGUGACGUUCUUCUUCUAAAAGCAAAUGAGCACAUUAAAGGAUUUCUCUUCACUAAUGAGAAGGAAUUAAGGGAAAUAUUGAUUGAAGAGUUUGUUCAUAAAUACAAGCAUAAGUUUAGCAUUCCAGAACUUCUUUUGCUUAGAGAUUACGUGGAAACCAACCCAAUAUAUCUUACUGUUGAAAAUGGAUUAGAGAUACAAGAAGAUUUGGUCGCUUGUGUCAUCAGACAAGGCAAGUUUAUUGAUAAAGUGUUACAAACUGAUUGGAUCAAUAACUCCUUCAACUGGAUCAAGAACAAUCUUGCUUCACCAACACAAAAAUCUAUGUCAAUCAGUCGUUAUGAAGAAUUUUUUUCUUUGAUGAAAGAUUCUACACAUCCUAUAGUUCCUACUAUUGAUAUAGAUUUGGUAUGGCAUACUCAUCAGUUGAAUCCCAGGCAUUAUUUUUCAUAUUCCAAGAAAGUUACUGGCACAAUUAUUGAUCAUAAUGACAAGAUAGAAAAAGGAAGGUUGAACACUUCUUUCAAGAAAACUUCUGAAUUAUAUGAGGAAAAAUAUGGCAAAGCAUAUUCGACUUGUAGUUGUGAUUCUUGCACUGGAAAGCCUGAAAAGACAUGGAAAUUCUUACUGCAAAGGGUCUUCAAGGCAGACACAUCUCAACACAUAAGUCAGCACAAUGCAAUGAGAGUAAUUACUGGUCCGGUAACAGAUGCUGUAGUGGACGAGAAUUUUCCAUUAAAGUCUCAUAAUUAUGUAGUAAAUCCCGAAGAGCCAGCUAAUCAGUACAACCUGAAUCAUGUGGAUCUAUACCUCAAUGGAAAAGAAUUGGAUAAUGUGGAUUUUGCAAGUGCGUGUUCAGAAAUUUCCAAUGCAGUUCUGUCUAAGGAAGCAUCUACACAUCCUUCCAAGAUGUAUCAAGAAUACUUAGAUGAAGUUAAAGCUUCCAAAGAAAAUUCCAAAGCCCAAAUAAAAAAUUUGUCCUUCGGUUGGGCAAAAAAGAGCCCAGAUUUUGGUUUUUAUUUUGAGCCAGGACCCGCCAAACCUCGUCAACCACUGAGACUUUUUGACCCAAAUUUUAAGCCUAAUCGUAAUAAUCUCAAUCAAUCUGGCAAUUCUAAUCAAUAUUCUUCAGGGUUUGAUGACAGAUCCACCGAAGAUACGAGCUAUCAUCAAAGCACUGAUAGUUGGGGCGACCAACAGUCCAGUGGAGGUAACUUAUCCUCUUGUGCAGGAAACUCAUCCUCUUGUGGAAGUGGUGGUAGUGAUAGUUUUUAA